AUGAAGAUCGGCUAUCACGGAAUCUACUACCUCUUUCCCAUUCUCACCUUUGCUUUUUGGACCACUGCCAUUGUCGGUCUCCUCGUCAUUUGGGCCGUCCGAGACAACUUCCGCCAAUACGAAGGCGAAGAAGCAUCCAUCGUUUUCAUCUCCGACGUCGGUGCAUUGCACAAGACCUUCUUUAUCAUCUUCUGCUGUCUCACCGCUACAUUCUACAUUCUCACAUCCCUCGCUGAACGACACCUCCGUCAUACACGCAAAAUCCCCGGUUCGGUCCGAAAGAAGCAGACGAUCCUCGAUAUCUGCUCCGUCAUCUGCGCGACUAUCGGCUCCGCUGCGCUCAUUCUCUUGAGCGUGUUUGACGCGUUCAACUACAGCAGGGUUCAUUGGUCGAUGACUUUGAUCUUUGUUGUGUUUGUUGCGCUUUCGGUGCUGUUCCAGGUUUUGCAGGUGUUUUCGCUCUCGCACGACCACGACAGAUUGGCGACGUUAAAGGUUAUUGCCAUCACCAAGGCCAUCAUUCUCCCACUUGCCAUUGCGGGUGCUAUCGCUUUCAUCAUCUGCUACGGCAUUUGCCGUGGUGAUGCUUUACCCGGCGACAACCGAUGCGAUCGUAUCGUUAGUGCAGCAGCGGUCUGCGAAUGGGCGAUUGCAUUCUUGUUGGACAUCUUCUUCUUGACUUAUCUGGUGGAUCUCUGGCCCGUACACAAGCGUGCUCAGAAGGGUCUGAGCGAGGAUGGAACGAUGGUGGAGAACAAACAGUUGGCAAGGGAACAGGGUGUCGCUCACAACCACCCAAUUGCCCCGCAUGCUGUUGAGGGUGUCAGAGAUUAUGAUAACACCUACUACCCCAGUGAAGCCGCUCAGCAGUACCACCAGCAAGAGGUUAACGGUUACGGUGUUCAGCCUGCACCUGCGGGUAUGACGACUGGUGCAAAUGUUAGUCCCAAUGCCGCUCCUUCGACUUUGCCCGGUUCGGAGAGGGGUAGUUUAUACCAGACACCUAUGACUGAGGCUAGACCUUAUCCUAACAACGCGACUGGGCACAACACUUCCCAGGCUUAG